CAAUAAGCAAGUAAAAAAGUUCAGAGUUCAAAGAGUUUAUCCAAGUUGGGCAAAUUCUCCAGGCCCUUGUCAUCAUCAAACUCUCCAUAAUACACCAAUUCAGAAUAGAAGUUUUCUUUGGCUUCAGCCACAAAUACAACUAUGAAUAAGGAACAGUCUGCUUGGGUAGAAAUCAACAAAUCGAUUGCUGAAAAGCAAACUAUUUAUGUUGGACAAAAGGCAGCUAUCAACGCAUAUAAAAUAUCUCUAGAAAAUCUAAAAUAUGAAAAAGAAUUAAUUAAAAAAGAGAUGGCAACUGUCGAAUUGCAAAACAAAUUGUUGUCUGACAAUAUCUCCGAGUUAGCAGAGCGAAAGAAUCGCCUUUUGAAUCAUAUUGAUCUUCUGCAGAAAAGCACUGAAUCCUGUAGCAAUGAAAUCAAAGAAGUGGAGCAAUCGAUGAAAACUUUAAAAGAAGAACAUCUAACUAUUGUAAAAAAUGAAACUGAAAAUAUUGUCCAAAUGGAGGAAGAUUUACUUGCGCUGCAACCCGAAUAUCCAAAAUAUCGGGCGCUUAAAGAUCAUAAUCUGCAAUUACAAGCAGAUAUUGCUCAAUUGCAAGCUGAUUAUACAGCAUUGGAGAAUGAAGUAAUAAAAACUGAAGAAUCAAAAACAAUGGAAAGGAAUAAACAAGUGCUGGAACUUGUAAUGCGCACUGUGCAGUUGCAAAAGUUGCAAGCUUUGAAGAAGGAACAUGACGAAUCCUGCAUUGAAUAUAAAAGAGCCACUGAAGAAUUAAUGAACACUCUUUUAACUGAAGACCAAAGUAUUACAACAAGCACGGUUGAAGAAGAUGAAGUAAUGGCGUAUUCAGUGAAUACAGACACAAUAAAUACAGCAGGAGAUUUCGCAGCGGAACUGAACGAAACGAUCACCAACCAAAAUAAUGUUUGCAACAAAACUAUUGUGAAUCACACAGAGGAAAAGUUUAAAAUUCCAAUUGUCCCACCUCCAACUGCUCCAAAAGUAACAGUUUUGCAAAAUCUUGAUGUUUCUAUGUCUGCUGGGAAUAAGUAUAUGUUGGAAAAUAAGCGCAAAAGUGAUACACUGCCAAUUUCAUCCUCUUUUGCAAAAAAAUCUAAGUCUAUGGUGCGGGAACCAAUCAAACCUGCUUCAACAACUGAUUUUGAUGGCGAUGCGUAUACAUUUCAAAAUUCGGGAGAACUACAGUCGGACUUCUUUUUAUCUGAUAAUUUUGCGUUUGGACAGUUUGGUGAUAAUGAAACCAACUCCGAAAGUGAUAAAGACGACACGACAGAACAUGGGUUCUUGGAUUUUGCUACAUCGAAACAAGAAAAAAUGGAUUUUUUUGAUUUUUAAGUUUCCCUCUUAUUUUAAUAAUAUUAAGUGGUUCAUAAGAAACAUUUUAUAAAUAAUUUAUCAUUUUAAGAAUUCAAUAUUUUAGUUGUCUCCGCGACUGUAAUUGAGAAUAUUCUGGAAGUUAAGUUUUUGAAAUGCGGCCAUCAUUACUACUAUGAUCAUUUGUUUUCAUUACUACUCUAUGUGCACAAAUAUGUAGAUUUACUCGUAUGUAUUUCGGGUGUGACCCGGGUGACUAAAUGAGUAAUGUUAUUAAAAUUUGAAAUGUA